AUGACCACUCAAAACCGGAGCUACGGUACCUUGGAUCCUUCUGCGAGACCUGUCGUUGAAUUUCAAUCCACCGAAACGCCACCCGAAAGCUCGAGUCGCGUCCCUGCUCCUGCCUCCCCUUCCAUCGGACCUCUCCAGCCUGAUCCAGACAGGUUGAGGAAACCGCCAGUGACGCGUCGUAUGUCAUCUAAACGCCAUGUACCUCAUAAAGGCCAAGAGUUCUCUACCGACGACGAUGUCCACGAGAUUGAGGAAGAUAUUGCCUUUCAACAGGCGUCCAACCCCCAGCCUUCGCCUAGGAUUCGGCCACUGCGGAAACAGAGCUCAACUUUAAGACGAAGGCUCAAUUCCCGAGCCAACCCAAUUACGACUCCAAGUAAUGAUGAUGAUCGUGGAGACAGUGACGAUAAUAACUCUGGUCUCCCGGAGCCAAGCUUGGGGGCAAUUGGGAAAGAACCCUCUUCCCAAGUCUCCGAUGAGGGGGACGAUAUUAGUAAAGGAAGUAAUGGCGAUGAUGAUGAUGAUGAUGAGGAUGAUGAUGAAGCGAGUGACGCGGAAAGCUUCACUUUGAAGGAUCGCCAGCAGGCUAUAAAUGAAACCCAUCCAUUCGGAAUCAGGCUAUGGAAGCCGGCUUUAUACAAGAAGAGUCGCUCAGUAGAGAAGACUGCAGAAGGCGAUAUCCAUUCGUCACCCGGGGGUCAGGUUGGCACCCUUUUAUUUUUUAUGAAUCUCUUGUGGACGUUAUUCUUUGGCUGGUGGCUCGCAAUAGCUGCACUGAUGGGCGCUGUUGCCUGUUUUAUGUUCUCAUAUUUCUCGAGCGCGAUGGAAUAUGGAAAAGCCUUUGCUGGUCUUUCCUGGUAUUUGUUCUACCCUUUCGGGUCCUUCGUCCGUCUCGAUACGGAUGAACACUACGCGGAAGAGGAUGAGGGGGAGGGCCGCAGCAUUAGUGAAUAUGAGCAGUGGCAAAAUGGCGACCUUGAGCAUGGUGGUUUGUUCUUUGGUCCACGACGCAAUCGAUCCCUUGUGGGAAGAAGAAGGAACAGUGUCGACUCAGCUGGUGAGCAAGACAGUCUUUUGGGCCGCGCCCCAAGGGGCCGCUCAGAGGACAGCUCUCUCCGCCCCAAACGGCGAUUGUUUGGCCGUGGGGAGUGGACGCUGGGUCGUGUUGUGUUCUUCAUAUUCUUUUACUUCCUCGUAGGGCCACUGAUGCUCUUUGUCUCGCUCGUAUGCUGGCUGUUUGUUUUUUGGAUCCCAAUGGGCCGCGUGACGCUCAUACUAUUCGACCACCUUCGCAGACACCCUCUAGCUUUGUCUUACCAUUCUGAUACAACGUUCACGCGAAUAAGCCCCGGAUCUUCGACAUCCAUCCUCCUUUGUACCUAUCGUGCAGCUGGUUUAAGGUAUUGGAAGUACACAGUUGGUGGCACGAAUGUCUUUCUCAUCAACCUCCUCGCCGUUGUCGCAUUUGUCGUUUUUGACUACUUCUUUCUAUAUGAGGCCUUGGGGCUCAAAAUUUGGAUCACCCACCCGGGUUUAAUAUUCACGCUUGCUUUGCUCUCCGUUAUCCCUUUGGCCUACUUCAUUGGCCAAGCCGUUGCGUCUAUAUCUGCGCAGUCGUCAAUGGGCAUGGGCGCCGCUGUGAACGCGUUCUUCUCUACUGUGGUCGAGGUUUAUCUUUAUUGUGUUGCUUUGACUGAGGGUAAAGGGCGACUCGUCGAAGGGAGUAUCAUCGGUAGUAUUUUUGCUGGUAUCCUGUUCUUACCUGGAUUGUCUAUGUGCUUCGGUGCUAUCAAACGCAAAACUCAACGCUUCAACGUCAAGUCGGCUGGGGUUACAUCAACCAUGUUGUUAUUUGCAGUGAUCGCGGCCUUCGGCCCAACAUUGUUCUACCAAGUGUAUGGUAGCCAUGAGCUCAACUGUCACGCGUGUGAUAGCGAUAUGGAACCCGGCAGCAGUGAUUGCCGUCGCUGUUACUUCUCUCAAGUCCCAGCUAUCAACGAUGGCUUCUUUCAGAAAGCCGUUCAACCAUACUCAUGGAUAGCUGCCAUAUUCUUAUUCCUGUCCUAUGUUAUUGGGCUAUGGUUUACCCUAAGGACACACGCUGCCCUGAUUUGGGCUACAGAGACGGAAGAGAAGAAAACGCAAGAACAAAGCAUCGAUGAUCCAAGACAUCAAUUCUCUUCAACAUCUAAUUUAGUAGCUGCUACCGGAAACACCGGGCCAAAAAAUUCGGUCCGUGAUUCACAACUAUAUAAAAGAAUCCUUGGGCAAUCCCUAAGAGACGUUGGGCUGGCCGAAAACGCCGGUGAAUAUGAUGGAAAUCUGUCAGGAUACAGUCCUUCGCAUGGUGAUAAUACGAUGCCUUACCUUGUACCCCGAGACGAUAGUAAACCAGCCUUUGCGGGGUACACGGGGUUCUCCCAGAAGCAGGACGAGAAUCUUGUUCGCAAAGUAACUGAAGUUGCGGCCACAGCUGCUACUGUUGCCGCUCGAGAUCUUGCUCGCACUCGCAAAUUAUCUGGCCCUCGUGGAUUAACUCGGGCAGCAGGUAAAAUUGCACCCUCGAAACAAGUCAAGCCAGUCCUAGAAGACCAUGACGAUGUUGGACUUGAGCAAAGUCCUGUCAGCGGCGGGCAUGACGCCCCAAAUUGGAGCAGGACAAAAAGUUCGGUCAUUCUGCUCGUAGCCACUGUGUUUUAUGCUGUUAUUGCAGAGAUUCUUGUCAACACCGUUGAUGUGGUUCUGGAAAGUGUGGACAUCGAUGAGAAAUUUUUAGGGAUCACACUAUUCGCCCUGGUUCCCAACACCACCGAAUUUCUGAAUGCCAUUUCAUUCGCGAUGAAUGGGAAUAUUGCUCUUUCCAUGGAGAUUGGAUCCGCCUAUGCUCUGCAGGUUUGUCUCUUGCAAAUACCUGCCCUCGUCUUGUUCAGCGCCGCGUAUGGCCGUUUCAUUGACCCGGAAAAUUUGAUUACACAUUCUUUCAACCUCAUCUUUGCACAGUGGGACAUGAUCACAGUCAUCCUCUGUGUCUUUCUUCUUUCUUACGUUUACGGUGAAGGCAAGAGCAAUUAUUUCAAGGGCUCAAUCCUCGUCCUCACUUACCUUGUUGUCGUAAUAGGGUUCUUUCUCUCUGGUUACAGCAACAUGGACACUAUGGGUGUUGAUCGCUUCAACACUUUGGCCAUUGGUUUGGACAGGUCCGAGAAAUUCUAUACCAUCGGCCGACCGAAACGUGGCGUUGCUUAUUAG